AAGCAACACUAUGACGAGAUCUUGAACGAUGUGGACGACUUGAAGAAGAACCUCACCUCCAUCGCCAAAUCCGUCUACAACUUGACGCUCCAUUCAGUCAACGAGAUCAAUGAGAAGACGAAAGGCUCGUGGAAGUUUUUUGACGACUUAGACAAGAAGACCCACGAGAGAGCCAACGAAUUGGCAGACGAGUAUCUCAGCUCCGGGGCAGUGGUACACGGUUCCGAGGUUGCAUCCAACUACAACACUGGCGAAAGGGCGUACCCCAGCUUCUACGAAAUCAGAGACCACUUCCACAAGCAAUUCUCUCCCUUUGGCGAGAAGGACACCUUUGAGGGGUUCGUUGGAGGCCCGUUCGGGAACUGGAGUGGUUUCCACGACAAUUUCCACGGGUCGUUCAGGAACGGAAAGACUCCCUUUGGCUACUACUCCCAUAAGUCGCCAUCCAUUCGCAGCUACAAUGACUGCAUGACCAAGAAUGGCGAGUCAAUCUGGGACUCCAAGGGUUACUGGAGAUGCUUAUUCCCAAACAGCGAGGUUCCUGUCGAGUAUUUGAGAUACAAGAACGAGAACUUCCCUGAACGGAUCCUCACCAAAGAAGACUUCAAUUCUGCAAUCAAGACUGCUAGUGCUCAAGAGAAGGAUGGAGUGAUUGAUUUGGGCGAGAAGGGAACCUACUUCAGGAGGCUCGAGGAUUUGAUGAACUGGAAGAGUAUCAUGUACCAGAAUGCCAGAGAAGAGAGAGCAAACAGAAGAAGAAGAUUCCACAAGCAGAACCAGAAACUUGAUGAAGUCGCCACUUCACAACCGGCCACUUUGGACACUCCGAAGCAGGUCGUCUCCAGCUCCCUGCAGUCCACCUACAACAUGAACAGUGAGAGCAAGGAAGUCGAGUUGAAUGAAAUCAGAACCGAGUAUUUCAGCGACGGUACACUGGUGACUAAGACGAUCACUAAAUCCAAGCCUUUGGAUGCGAAGGACUGGGUCAAUGUGGUGGAAAACGUCGAGCACGGUGCUAAUAAGUCUAACGGGGGUUGGUUCUGGAACUCCAGG